AUGCCAUGGUUUGUGAAGUUCCAUGCGCCGUGGUGUGGGCAUUGCAAAAAGUUGGCCCCGGUGUGGGAAAAGCUCGCAGAGAAGCUGGAAGGUACGGUUGCGUUGGCCAAAGUGGAUGCAACCGUGGAGGAAGGUUUGGCCUACGAAUGGGAGAUCGAAGGCUAUCCUACGCUGAUCCUGGUUUCAGACGGCCACCGCUACAGAUUCCGAGGAUCAAGGACACUGGAUAGCUUGGAAGCCUUCGCUGCUGGAGGGUACCGGGAACUUCCACAGGAGUCGCCACACAGCGAGGAAGCAACAGGCCCUGACACGUUUGGGGGGCCAGACGUUGUGGCACUGUCAGGUAACUUUGACUCGGUGGUAAGGGUGCCAGCCGCGACCCUGCUCGUUGUCUUCUAUCUUCGUGGCUGUGGGCAUUGCAGGGACAUGGAGGGCACAUGGGGCGCUUUGGCCAAAGAGCUGAAGGACAAGGUAGUGGUGGCGAGUGUAGAUGCUCUUGCGAACCGCCCGCUCGCAGAGCUUUGGGCAGUGGAGCGCUUCCCAACCAUCAAGCUUGUCCGAGGUGGACAGGUGUAUGAUUUCGAGGGCGCUCGGACUGUGGAGGACUUGAAGGCCUUCGCGCUUGAGGGAUUCAGCUUGCUGGACUCCUCUCCGCUGCCACCACUGGAAGCAGAUCCAGAUGCAAGCCACAAAGAGCACAAAGUCCGAAUGAGCGGCAUGAAAAGCAUCGGUGCGUUGGCUGUGCAGGGGUUUGCCGCCUCAAUUCUAUCUUCUUUGGUUUUGCCCAUGGAAAGUGCCAUCGGCAAGGAGACUGAGACGAGCUCCGGCCAGUCACAGGUUCUUCGCCAGCCAGGGUCCAAGGUCAGAAGCGUCCUCGACAGGAAGACACGAAAGGAAUUUCUGCAAGCAAGUCGACUGACUUCGCUGCGUGGUAUACGCAGGCUUGACAGCAAGAUCCAAGCGAUGGGUGUUCAGAACGCUUACUUUCCAUGCUUUGUGAGCCAGGAGGCGCUUUCAGCCGAAGAGGAUCAUUUGGAGGGGUUUUCUCCAGAGGUCGCAUGGGUUACCAGAUCGGGGACUUCGAAUCUGACGAAGCCGAUUGCCAUACGGCCGACGAGUGAGACCAUCAUGUAUCCAUCGUUUGCCAAGUGGAUUCGAUCCCACCGGGACCUCCCCCUGCAGCUGAACCAAUGGACCAAUGUCGUGCGAUGGGAAUUCAAGCAGCCGACCCCCUUUCUUCGAACCCGGGAGUUCCUCUGGCAGGAAGGCCACACGGCACAUGCCACGGAGGAGGAAGCAGCAAACCUCGUGAGAUCAGCGCUUGAUCUGUACUCGUGCGUGUACACGGACCUUCUGGCACUGCCUGUCAUCAAGGGAGUGAAGUCUGUUGAGGAGAAGUUUGCAGGGAGCGUGUAUACAGAAACGCUUGAAGCCUUCAUUCCGGCAACUGGACGCGGAAUUCAGGCAGCGACAUCUCACUACCUGGGCCAGAACUUUGCCCGAAUGUUCGGAAUUCGCUUCGAGGAUGACUCAGGACAGAAGCAGCUUGUGCAUCAGACCUGUUGGGGUUUCACCACUCGCUGCAUUGGCAUCAUGAUCAUGGUCCACGGUGACGACAAGGGCCUAGUCUUGCCCCCACGCGUGGCUCCGACGCAGGUUGUUCUGAUUCCAAUUCCAGGAAACGAGGGUGCAGGCCGUGGUGGGCGAGCACCUGCUGGUUAUAACUCGCUCCGCUCAGAGUGCAUGUCGAGAUCUGGCUUUCAGGAAGGUUCAGUGUCGGCAAUGAGCUGGCACAGCAUCCUCGGUGUUGCUUUCGAUGCUGGCUACUCUGACAUUCGUGCUGCAUUCAAACGGCGUGUACUGGAGGCUCAUCCCGACAAGGGAGGCAGUGCACAUGAAUUUCAAGAGAUUAUGUUCGCUUUUGAGAAAGCGACAUGUGCUGUACCUACCGACGGCUCCGUCGCGCGCAAAACUGCAUGUGCCACACGUUCUUGCCAAGCAAAGGUGCCUGGUGCAAGCUGUCGCUUUGUCGGUCCACGAUUCUCGAAGGCGCCGCGGGGCAACUGCAGCAUGCGGCAGUCCUGGAACGCGAAGCAAAACACAAAGUCCACCAAGGAAGCAUCGAAAUCGACGGGCCCACGUUUCGGGGGUCCAUGGAGCAAACAGCGCAUCCUUCGCCAACUUCAUGCAUGUCUGCAACGACUGCCUCGUGCGGACCGCCAAGUUGCACUGAAGAAGCAUCUCAAGCAGCGUCACCGUUUGGAGCUGGAGACGUGGAUAACUUCACACCCGCUGCGGGACAGUGUGUGCCGGACCCCGACAGAGAGGAUGUCAGGAGCUGCUGUUUUCGGUGGCGAUGUUGCUGAACUUCCUGUGGGCGGAGCCGCUGACAAUGGAGAGAUGCUGCUCGCAAUUGCAGAUGUAUCUGAGCACUUCGACAUCCAAGAAGUUGAUGCAGAUGUCGUAUCCGACACUGGCCAACGACUGCGGAAAGGGAUUAUUAGGCGGAAUAUCAAGCGCCAGAAAUAUGACCCGCUGUAUGUCGUCCUUGUCGUAAUCAACAAUCUAGAGCUGUUCUCAGCAGGCACUAAUGACUUGGCAAAAGCAGUUGACCUGCACAUUGCACUGACAUCACUCAAGCGCCGUAUCACCAAGAAUCCUGCUCUGAUGGCGGGAUUCGAUGCUGAAGUGGUACGGGCUCUGCAAGAGCAGGAUAUUUCCGCCAGCCAGGCUCGCUUGAGUCUGCGCAUUCACUUUCCGGUGCAUCACUGGACAGGCCGGCACCUACGAUCUCCAACCUACUCCUGGGCCGAGGUGCAAACGACACUGGCAGUGUGGAAGACGAUGCAAAGAGCCAGACUUGAAUACAGCGGGUUAGGUGCUAAGAAGGGCGGCGUCUUUUUUCUUCACACGCCUGCUUCUGUCGAAAGCGCGUGGCAAACGAUUUCAAGGAUUUACAUCGACACAUGGGUGGCCGCGGGUUGGGACGAUCAAGACCUCCAGACUCAAGUGGAUUCGAUGCGAAGUGCUCACGCCACUAGCAGUUGUUGCCAGCUGACUGUGUGGAAUCAGUACAGGAUGGAGUGCGAGGAUCGCAGGCACCGUCUGCUUGAGCGUUUAAUGCGGCAAUCAGAAGCGCGAGAAAGACGAGAACUGGCCCGAGAAGACCGACGAGCCGCGCAGAUGGAAGUGAAGACUCGCCGACUUCUAAGCCAGGUCGAUCGCUUGAUCGUUCGUGGACAACAGUUCCAUGAGGACGAAGAGGGGCUUGGCAUCGAAGCCCGGUGCAGCGAAGUCGCGACGACUCUCAAAGAGUGCGGCGUUCGAGCUGAGGUGGAUGCGCGGCGGAGCUAUACGCCAGGCUGGAAGUUCAAUUGGUGGGAGAUGAAGGGUGUCCCCCUGCGGCUCGAGGUUGGGCCCAAAGACAUGGCCCAAGGAACCUGUCGCAUGGUUUGCCGCUUUGACGGCUCCAAGAAGGAUGUAGAGCAGUCCGAGCUUGCCACUUGCAUCCCUGCAGAGCUCAAGCGGAUCCAUGAAGCUAUGCUCGAGAAGGCUGGGUCUAUGGCACAGAGACCCGGGGUUCUUGCCAGUUUCAAGGCGACCCGGGAGAGGGAUGAGGGAAUUGCUACCGUCGCGCGCUGGGACGAGGUGGUCUGA